AUGAUAGUCAGCAGCGGUAAGACUGAGGAAAUAGAAAAAUCCAAGACCACAUGCCAAGGAAUCGGUGGCCGUAUGGCCACUCCCAGGAAUGAUGCAGAGAACAAUGGUAUCUCAUUCUUUACAAUAAAGCAUAAUCAAUAUGCAUACUUGGGUUUGAAAGAAGGACCAAAAGCUGGUGUCUUCCAUUAUCCCAGUGGAAUACCUGCACUUUAUACCCGCUGGAGCAAGAAUGAACCCAGUGGCCAAGGACAAGAAAACUGUGUGGAAAUGUAUACUGAUGGCAAAUGGAAUGAUAAGGGUUGUAACCAAAGACGCCUCACAGUUUGUGAAUUGUAA